AUGGACACUUCAUCCAAAGAAAAUAUCCAGUUAUUCUGCAAAAGUUCAAUGCAACCUGUCGGGCGACCUUCCUUAACAACAGAAUAUUCUUCCUCAAAGGAGAAACAACAGUGCUGUGGUGAACUGAAGGUAUUUUUGGGUGCCUUGUCUUUUGUUUACUUUGCCAAAGCAUUGGCAGAAGGCUAUCUGAAGAGCACCAUCACUCAGAUAGAGAGAAGGUUUGAUAUCCCCUCUUCACUGGUGGGAGUUAUUGAUGGUAGUUUUGAAAUCGGGAAUCUCUUAGUUAUAACAUUUGUUAGCUACUUUGGAGCCAAACUUCACAGGCCAAAAAUAAUCGGAACAGGGUGCCUAAUCAUGGGAGUUGGAACACUGCUCAUUGCGAUGCCUCAGUUCUUCAUGCAGCAGUACAGAUAUGAAAAGUAUUCUCCUUUCUCUAAUUCCACUCUGAGCAUCUCUCCAUGUCUCCUGGAGUCAGACAAUCAAUUACCUAUCUCAAUUAUAGAAAAAUCACAAUCCAAAAGAAGUGAUGAAUGUGAAAUUGAUGCCAGCUCUUCCAUGUGGGUUUAUGUUUUCCUGGGGAACCUUCUUCGUGGAAUUGGGGAAACUCCUAUUCAGCCUCUAGGCAUUGCCUACCUUGAUGAUUUUGCCAGUGAAGACAAUUCUGCUUUCUAUAUUGGGUGUGUGCAGACGGUUGCAAUUAUAGGACCAAUCUUUGGCUUCCUGCUAGGCUCAUUAUGUGCCAAACUGUAUGUUGACAUUGGCUUCGUAAACCUAGAUCACAUAACCAUUACUCCCAAGGAUCCUCAGUGGGUAGGUGCCUGGUGGCUGGGUUAUCUAAUAGCAGGAAUUGUAAGUCUUCUUGCAGCUGUGCCUUUCUGGUGUUUACCAAAGAGUCUACCUAGACCCCGAAGUAGAGAGGAUUCCAAUUCUUCCUCUGAGAAAUCCAAGUUUAUUAUGGAUGAUCGCACAGACUACCAAACACCCCAUGGAGAAAAGUCAAAAAUAAUGGAAAUGGCAAGAGAUUUUCUUCCAUCACUAAAGAAUAUUUUUGGAAAUCCACUGUACUUGUUAUAUUUGUGUGCGAGCACUGUUCAGUUCAACUCUUUGUUUGGAAUGGUAACCUAUAAACCCAAGUACAUUGAGCAACAGUAUGGGCAGUCAGCCUCCAAGGCCAACUUCGUUAUUGGGCUCAUCAAUAUACCUGCAGUGGCCCUUGGAAUAUUCUCUGGGGGAAUAGUUAUGAAAAAAUUCAGAAUCAGUCUGUAUGGAGCUGCAAAACUCUACUUGGGAUCAUCUGUUCUUGGGUACCUCCUAUUCCUUUCCCUGUUUGCACUGGGCUGUGAAAAUUCUGAUGUGGCAGGACUAACUAUUUCCUACCAAGGAACCAAACCUGUCUCUUAUCAUGAACGAGCUCUCUUUUCAGAUUGCAACUCAAGAUGCAAAUGUUCAGAGACAAAAUGGGAACCUGUGUGUGGCGACAAUGGAAUCACAUAUGCAUCGGCAUGUCUCGCUGGCUGUCAGACCUCCACCAGGAAUGGACAAACUAUGAUGUUUUAUAACUGCACCUGUGUGGGAAUUGCAGCUUCAAAGUCAGGAAAUUCCUCAGGCGUGAUGGGCAGGUGUCAAAAAGAUAAUGGAUGUCCCAAAAUGUUUCUGUAUUUCCUUGUAAUUUCAGUCAUCACAUCCUAUACUUUAUCCCUAGGUGGCAUACCUGGAUACAUAUUGCUUCUAAGGUGCAUUAAGCCACAACUUAAGAGUUUUGCCCUGGGAAUCUACACCUUGGCAAUAAGAGUUCUUGCAGGAAUCCCAGCUCCUGUGUAUUUUGGAAUUUUGAUUGACACUUCAUGCCUCAAAUGGGGAUUUAAAAGAUGUGGAAGUAGAGGAUCCUGCAGAUUAUAUGAUUCAAAUGCUUUCAGACACAUAUAUCUGGGACUAACUGUGAUGCUGGGCACAGUGUCUAUUUUCCUAAGUAUUGCAGUACUUUUCACUUUAAAGAAAAAUUGUGUUUCAAAACAUAGAAGCUUCAGAACCAAGAGAGAAGGAACAAUGGUGUCUACAACAAUCAGGAAGGAAAACUGUACUACAGGUGAUCAUUUGCUACAACCCAACUACUGGCCAGGCAAGGAAACACAGCUUUAG